AUUGGAUUCCAGAUUUGAACACGAGAAUCAGAGACUAGAGAGUAGAGGUCGGAGAGAGUAGGGAAGAGUGAGCAAGCAACAAUGGAGGCGAAGGGGGUGGAGUCAUGCAAUAACAACAAGUCUAAGGCUAAUAAGAUGAAGCGCAAAGAGAAACUUGAGAAGAAGAAGGCCAUGGAUGAACUCAUAAAGGUAGCUUCUGCGGAGAAAAACCAUCUUUCUGCCUUUCGCCAUUACCAAAAAAACGGCUUGUCUGCGUGUUUGGAAUCAGGAACAGGGGACAAGCUAUCAUCUUCUCUUAAGCACUACAUUCAAAAUCUUCUCAAGGCUAAUAUGGAGGGGGCAUAUGGGACCGAGUGGCCGGUGGAAGAGAAGGUGAAGCGAAGGGAGAUGGUUGCAUCAGAAGCACGUUAUAUAUUUGUCUAUGAGGCCUUGGAUGCAAAUGCAAGUGAAUUGUUGCCAAUGUCUGAGCAUGAGGGGACUUCAGCUAGUUGUGUGGAGGAGAGGAGAUCCAUGCUUGGGUUUGUACAUUUUCGCUUUGUCGUGGAGGAAGAUUUGCCUGUUCUUUAUGUUUAUGAGUUACAACUUGAGCCUCGUGCGCAAGGGAAAGGUCUCGGGAAGUUUCUAAUGCAACUAAUUGAGUUAAUUGCUCACAAGAAUCACAUGGGUGCUGUUGUUCUGACUGUUCAAAAAGCAAACUUGGUAGCAAUGAAUUUCUAUACAAGUAAGAUGAGAUAUGUUAUCUCAACUAUAUCGCCAUCCAAAGUUGAUCCAUGGUUAGGAACUCAGAAGAGUUAUGAAAUUCUUUGCAAAUCUUUCAGUAAUGACGCUAAAGCUAUCUUGGAGGGUCCAUGACAUCAUGAGAAGAGACAGAAUGAGGAGCCAAAUACCAUUCUUGAGGGUGUUUGCCAAAGUCCAAGUCAAUCAGGUUAACCUUCUUGGUUCUCUUAAGAUCAAAGUUGCGUCAUUCCAAACCAUGUUUACUCUGCAUCAUUUAUGCAGAUAUUCUCAUGCACAUAGAUACUACACAAACAAACCUGAAGCAAUACAAGUAUUUCCUGAUACAUACAAGUGAUUCUUAUGAAGAUAUUUUAGGUUGAUCGCCGGAUCUGGAGAUUGGUAAAGCAGAGCUGAACCUCAACAUAUGGCGCCAUUGUCUGCCUCUUUGCUUUUAAUAGGAAAAUGUUGGAACCAAAUUGUAAGUUCAACAGUAAUGAACAGUGGCAAAUUCACAGCAAAAGCUAUUUUGUUAAACAUGAUCAGCUUUCAUUUAUCACACGUUCAGUUACUAUCAUUCUUGGACUUUUUGCGGUUACAAGGAGGACCGCAGUACAGCAAGGGAGAAAAACAGCUUAUUUACAUUCAGGCCUAAGGAACUGAUCUUCCAUACAGUAUUUAUAUUGUUUAACGUCUCUUAUCUUGAACCACCAUUAGAAAGCCUCAGAGUCACUGGUUCUGGAACAAGAAACGAUUAAUAACUCGAUUACAAGAAAUAAAACCAAGUAGUUGUCGAAGCAGAUGAUCAUGAUACAAAUUGCUCCACUUAAGCAAUUCUCAUUGAUCUCAGAAAAAUGAGAUAAAUUCUUGGAAGAGAUCCUGCAGUGAAUAUCUAAAUACAGAGCAAGGAACAUUGUCUGUUUUCAAGUUUCAACAUAAUAUUCCGAAUUAUUCACAGUACAUGUUUUCUCGUCAGCUUCACCGCCAAGCUUCUUGAAGUGAUCCGUAAAAUUGGUCACUCGCAUUGAAGCUUCUGAUU